AUGCGAAAUGGAAUAAGAGAACUUUUGUCGCACUUGUUUAAUAUCUAUCUAUCUAUCUAUCUAUCUAUCUAUCUAUCUAUAUUUAUUUAUAUAUAUAUAUAUCCCAGUCUGUUCCCUAUCUAUCUAUCUAUCUAUCUAUCUAUCUAUCUAUCCCAGUCUGUUUCUUAUCUAUCUAUCUAUCUAUCUAUUUAUCUAUCUAUCUAUCUAUCUAUCUAUCCCAAUAUCAAGGUUCAUAAGGGUUAUUUAUUCGAUUCACACUCCGGGUAUUUCGGCGUGAAUUAUCUAUCUAUCUAUCUAUCUAUCUAUCUAUCUAUCUAUCUCAUCUAUCUAUCUAUCUAUCUAUCUAUCUAUCUAUCUAUCUAUCUAUCUAUCUAUCUAUCUGGUGUGACUUAUCUAUCUAUCUAUCUAUCUAUCUAUCUAUCUAUCUAUCUGUCAGUCGGGAAUCAUCUAUGUAUCUAUGUAUCUAGAUGGUGUGAAUCAUCUAUCUAUCUAUCUGUCGUGAAUCAUCUAUCUAUCUAUCUAUCUAUCUAUCUAUCUAUCUAUCUAUCUGUCGUGAAUCAUCUAUGUAUCUAUCUAUCUAUCUGUCGUGAAUCAUCUAUAUAUCUAUGUAUCUAUCUGUCGGGAAUCAUCUAUGUAUCUAUGUAUCUAGAUGGUGUGAAUCAUCUAUCUAUCUGUCGUGAAUCAUCUAUCUAUCUAUCUGUCUGUCUGUCUGUGAAUUAUCUAUCUAUCUAUCUAUCUAUCUAUCUAUCUAUCUAUCUAUCUAUCUAUCUAUCUGUCGUGAAUCAUCUAUCUAUCUAUCUGUCUGUCUGUCGUGAAUCAUCUAUGUAUCUAUGUAUCUAUCUGCUGUGA